CUGGAGGAAUUGCAACCCCCCUUGUUUAUGGCCAGCUGCUAGCUUUAUACCUGUUGCAUAAUGACAUGAAUAAUGCACGCUAUCUUUGGAAAAGAAUCCCUCCUGCUAUCAAAUCUGCAAAUGCUGAACUUGGGGCAGUUUGGUCAGUGGGACAAAGAAUCUGGCAGAGAGACUUCCCAGGAAUCUAUACAACAAUCAGUGCACAUCAGUGGUCCGAGACUAUUCAACCAAUCAUGGAAGCACUUAGAGAUGCAACUCGGAAACGAGCCUUUGGACUGGUUUCUCAGGCAUAUACCUCAAUAGUUGCAGAUGAUUUUGCAGCUUUUGUUGGGCUUCCUGUAGAAGAAGCUGUGAAAGGUGUAUUAGAACAGGGCUGGCAAGCAGACUUUUCGACUCGUAUGGUAAUGCCUAAAAAGCCAGGUGUGCUGGAAGCUUCCUUUAACAGAUUCAUUCCUUCAUCGGAACCUGCUCCAGUUCCACCAAUUCCAAAUGAACAGCAGUUGGCCAGAUUGACUGACUAUGUGGCUUUCCUUGAAAAUUGAUUACUCUGCUCCUAUAUCCAGAACACCUUGGGAAUCCUGUGUACUGACAGUUUUAGAAAUCUAAGAUUGAUUUUGUAUCUGUUAAACGUUGCAGCGGCCCCUACUGAAAUGUGUGAAGUAUACAGCAUGUGUUAGCACAAUUAGUGUUUUGCCAAAGCCAAGCUAGCAAUUGAAACAAUCCUUUAACUCCUGUAAUGUUUAUUCAGUAGGUACACAGCAGUAUUAUAUAGU